GCGGGUCAAAGUAGAAAAAGUGUCAAGUGGGAUAUCAAAAGUUAGGAAUAGUCCCUCUCUAAAGUCCGAGUGUCGUGGAAACUCCGAGUGCCCUCCGCCAUUGAUAAACACCUCUCUUUUUCUCUAUCGUUCUCUCUGCCUCACUAACCCUAGGAGGCCUCAACCUCUUUCCCUGUGACUAAGGCAUGGCUGCGUCUCUGGUUAUGCCUUCUCCUUCGUUUUCGUCCUCGUCAUCGGCAUCGGCGGUGGCUGCUCCGUUCUCGUCGUCUUCUUCUUCUCCGUCUCGCUUCUCGCUCUGUCGUAGAACUUUGCUUCACUGUGACUCCCUCCCUCGAGUUUGCGCCCCUAACACCGUCAGGUGUGAUAUGGCCGAGCCAAGCAAGUUUGGGAAUGGGAAACCAACCAUUCCUAUUCUUAAUGAAAGAACAUUGCCCAAGUUCUUGGAAUCCACUCGAGUGGAGAAAGCAGUCAACAGAAAUAACUCCAAAAUUAAGUUGUUUUCUGGCUCAGCCAAUCCUUCACUCAGUCAGGAAAUCGCAUGGUACAUGGGCGUAGAACUUGGAAAGAUCAACAUAAAGAGAUUUGCUGAUGGUGAGUUUUAUGUUCAGUUGCAAGAGAGUGUACGAGGAUGUGAUGUCUACCUUUUGCAGCCAACCUGUCCUCCUGUGAACGAGCAUCUCAUGGAACUAGAAAUAAUGAUUGAUGCUUGUCGAAGGGCAUCGGCCAAAAAUAUUACUGCUGUAAUUCCAUAUUUUGGGUAUGCCCGAGCAGAUAGAAAGACCCAAGGGCGUGAAUCAAUUGCAGCCAAACUGGUUGCAAACCUUAUUACAGAAGCAGGUGCAAACCGUGUUCUUGCUUGUGAUAUUCAUUCUGGGCAGUCAUUAGGUUACUUUGAUAUUCCAGUGGAUCAUGUGUAUUGUGAGCAAGUGAUUCUUGAUUAUCUUGCUAGCAAGAAAAUUUGUUCUGAAGAUUUGGUAGUGGUCUCCCCUGAUGUUGGUGGAGUUGCCAGAGCACGUGCAUUUGCUAAAAAAUUAUCUGAUGCACCUUUAGCCAUUGUAGACAAAAGACGCCAUGGGCACAAUGUGGCCGAGGUUAUGAACCUGAUUGGUGAUGUGAAAGGAAAAGUUGCAGUUAUGGUUGAUGAUAUGAUUGAUACUGCUGGGACAAUUUCAAAAGGUGCAGCCCUUUUACACCAAGAGGGGGCUAGGGAAGUGUACGCAUGCUGCACCCAUGCAGUGUUGAGCCCACCGGCGAUUGAGAGGCUUUCAAGUGGUUUGUUUCAAGAGGUGAUUGUGACAAACACCAUUCCUGUUCUGGAGAAGAAUUACUUCCCUCAGUUGACUGUUCUUACAGUAGCUAACUUGUUGGGUGAAACUAUUUGGCGUGUUCAUGAUGAUUGUUCUGUGAGUAGCAUUUUUCAGUGAAAUCAUAAAGAAGACGGGAGGCAUUGAUAGCCACAGGCCACUCCUUUUAAAUUUAGUCCCUUAGUGAAUGGCCCCAUUCUCUUGGUCGUUCCCAAUUAUGUUGUCCCCUCUUUUUUCUUUUAGUCUUUCUUUUUAAUUCUAGAGAUAUUUUAAUAACCACAUUUACACACACAGCAAAAUAUUAGGCUAUGUUUGGCAAGAUUGAUAAGAGUUUAAAUCCAUUGUUUGGCAAGAGCUAGGAGAGAUAGUCAGGUAGAGUAAAGGUGUUGGGGGUGGGGUGGGAUCUUGGUCUACCAUAUUUAGUUCUUUUCUGAUUUUCUUCUCGAUAAAAUGAAAAAUUAGAGUACAAUUACUCUUCAA